AAAAAGAAGAAGACAUGUCAACGAUGAUUUACUAACCAAAGUAUAAAGUAUGUUUUGGAUACUAUAAUUACCAAACACGUUCUACAUUUGAGGCUUAAAUAAAUAUGUCUCGUAAAAAGGAUAUAUCUAGAGAAGAAAUUGCCAAACAGUUUCUUUUACCAGAAAGACAAUCUAAAAUUGAUACACUUCUUAAGCAAGAUGGUCAAGCUUAUUGUAUAUGUAGAUCAUCCGAUUCAUCGAGAUUUAUGAUCGCUUGUGAUGCGUGUGAAGAAUGGUACCAUGGUGAUUGCAUUAAAAUUUCUGAAAAGGAAGCAAAACUAAUAAAACGAUAUUUCUGUAUACGAUGUAAAGAAGAAGACCCAUCAUUAGUCACAAGAUGGAAAACUAAAAAAGAACAGGAAGAUUCUUUGUCACUUCAAGAAGAACGUAAAUCCAGAAAAAGAAAAGAACGAGGAGAAAGUAAAAAUGAUAAAAAAAUCAAAAAAUGUGGCGAAUGUAUGGGCUGCUACAAAACUGAAGAUUGCGGAAGAUGUGAUGUAUGUACGAGGAAGAAUAGACAUGGCUUUUCAAAAAAUAAGGAGAGGUGCAAACAAAGAAUUUGUGUGAAUGCUUUGGGAGGAACAAGAAGAAAACGAAGAGACUCAAGUGCAGAAAGGGAACAAUCCCAUAAUGAACACUUGAAGACUGAUUAUCCGCGACAGUGUUAUGGACCAAAAUGUAUUAAUAGUGCAAGAUAUGGCUCUAAAUACUGUUCUGACCAAUGUGGAAUGACAUUAGCAAAAACUAGAAUUUUACAAGUUCUCCCUCAACGUAUACAAGAAUGGGCUUUAAGUCCUUCUGUGGCAGAAGAACUCAAUAUUAAGGCUCUUGACCAAGUACGUAAACAACAAGUAGAGGUACAACAAAUUCUUCAAGAAUUAGAUAAGCGCCAUAAAGAACUUGAUAUCGUAAUUGAAAGGGCUAAAAACGCAAAUAUUGAUCCAAACCAAGAAAACGACAAUGAAGAUGAUGCUGAAAUAUCUACAUAUUGUGUGACUUGUGGACAUGAAAUUCACUCACGUACUGCUAUUAAACACAUGGAAAAAUGUUUUAAUAAAUAUGAAUCUCAAGCUUCUUUCGGAUCUGUAUUUAAAACAAGGAUUGAAGGGAAUAAUAUGUUCUGUGAUUACUAUAAUCAUAAUAACAAAACAUAUUGUAAAAGGUUGAGGGUAUUAUGUCCAGAACAUUGCAAAGAUCCAAAGAUAGGAGAUCAUGAAGUAUGUGGCUGUCCAUUAGUCAAAAAUGUUUUUUCGCCUACAGGAGAGUUUUGUAGGGCUCCCAAGAAGUCUUGCAUUAAACAUUUCGUCUGGGAAAAACUUCGCAGAGCUGAGAUUGAUUUGGAAAGAGUUCGUCAUUGGCUCAAGUUGGAGGAAUUGUUAGAAAAGGAACGUCAGAUAAGAACCAGCAUGGUGAGUCGGGCUGGAGUUUUAGCAUUGAUGUUACAUAGUACGUACAAUCAUGAAUUAAUGGAACAAAUAACUGCAGCGCAAGAUCAGCAAAAUAAUCAAAGAGAUAACCGCGUUAAAUCUAGAUACUGUUAAUUUUAUAAUACAAUUUGUUCUAUCAUUAAAAAAUCCAUGAGGUGGCAAAAUGAACAGAACAAAUAUAUUGGGUGAAAACAAUAAAGUGUAGAAAGUCAUAA